AUGACAGAAUCCAUUUAAUUUCGUGGACCAUUGGAAGUUGAAGGACCAGGUACUCAUUCUAUAUAUUUAGAUGACUUAGAUGAUGAUGACAACUAUAUGAGACCAGGCUUAGAAACUACAGGCUUACAUAAUCGUAAAUAAAAAGAUCAGCCAACUAAAAAGUCUCUAUACUUUGCAAUCAUAUGCUUCUUUGCAGGCUUAUUUUAUUUCUACUUUACAUAUGAAUCACCUAUAGCCAUUCAUCCUGAAUUUGCUACCAAAACUACAUUCGGAUGCAAUAGAUAACAAUAUUGGACUAAAUAAGGUUGUGAACCUAAUCCCAUUGGAUGUUAAUUAAGUGUUGAAAAGACAUCUUAUUGUGUAGUUUGUGAAUAAACUUAUUAUCUAUCCCUUAAAGGAAUUUGUGUUGAAGAAUGUUAAGAAUCAAAUGGCUAAUUUUGUACAUCUAAGAAUAAUACUAUGGUCUCAAACAUAUAUAAACCAAAAAAUGAUUCAUAUUCUCAGUUUGAAAUCCCUUACAUUUUGAUUCAUCAUCCAGACUCUGCUGGAUUACUGUAUAUUUCUGAUGUUGAACUAUUUAAAUUAGAACCAUUCCUAUCCCUUAAAUAUACAAUUGUUAAAUUUGAAGACUAUUUUUUAUUAAAUAACGAAGAGUUUCAUCUUGUCUUUAACGAUUUUUAAACAUUUAUAGAGUAAACAUUACUUGAUGGAAUAUAAAUCAAUAAGACCUAUGUUGCCUUUGAGGAAAGAUCUUAAGGUCUACUUUUCUAUUUAGCUUCUUCAAAUGUCACUGAUCCCAUAGUAUUAGUUUAACCAACCCAUUUGGAAGCAAAUUAAUUUUAUGAUGAUACCUAUGAAAUUUAAUCAUUUGAAGUCCUAUUUACUAAUAGAACUUUUAAUGUUACUGUACUUCAUACAGGAACUAUACCAGAUGAAAUUAAAUGCAAGAAACCAUAGAGAUUGAUGCCUGAAUUAGAUAAUUUGGAAGAUAAGUAUAAUUAUUAAUAUAUAAAUAGGGAUUAAAAAAAUGAUAGUGAAAUUAAAACAAUUGGAGAAGUUGACUGUUUUUAAAUAGAAGAAUCAUAAAUUAUUGAAAAAAUUGUACAUCCUAAUUGA